UGUGUUAUCACUGGUGCAGUGCCUCCUUGGCUUGUAGAAAUCACAAGAAGAAUAUGCAACUGGACAGGAUUGUUUCCUUCACCAAUCAAUCAUGUUCUUAUCAAGGAGUACCUAUCUAACCAAGGAAUCAUGCCACACCAAGAUGGCCCUGCUUAUUUUCCAAUUGUUGCGAUUCUGUCUCUUGGGUCUCCAGCUGUGAUGAAUUUCACUCCUCCGUUGAAGUUGACUGAGUGUGUAACCCAUGUGCCAGAUCAAAUAGAUAAACACUGCACUCUCUCUGUUGCCUUGAUGCCUUGCAGCUUGUUAAUUUUCAAGGACAGUGCAUACUCCGAAUAUUUGCAUGGAAUUGAUGACUCAGAUAUACAGAGAAGUGAUGAGGUGGUGAAUAUUGGUGACAUUCUCAGCUACAAGGAACAAAUGAUGCCCUUGAGCUCAGAGUUGGAGGAAGGGAACCAAAGAACUGAGAAGGGUAGCAUUCAUAGAAGUGGUACUCGAGUGUCGUUAACCUGUCGACUAGUUCCAAAGGUUUAUAAGAAUCUCUUUAAGUUCUAGGUGAUCAACAAAUAUGUAUCUUUGGUGUUCAAUGAAAGUUUUGAUUAAGGGUAUAUUGCAAGUCUAUAUUACAUAGACACA